GGCGGGAGGAGCGGGAGGAGCUUGCCUUCUGUUCGUGGGCCACCCGCUCGACACAAUCAAGGUGCGGCUACAGACCCAGCCCAGAGUGCCCAGCCAGGAUGUCCUCUACAAAGGGACUUCUUGGGCUGUACAAGGGGAUGGGGGCCCCCCUAGCCAGCGUAGCUCCUAUGAUGGCCAUUAGUUUCUUUGGUUUCGGACUGGGAAAACAGCUGUUGCAACCAGACUCCACUAAGACACUGAUGUGAGCCUCAUCAUGAGGAACAGGUGAGCCUCAUCAUGAGGAACAGGUGAGCCUCAUCAUGAGGAACAGGUGAGCGUAAUGAUGGUAACCAGGUGAGCGUAAUGAUGAGGAACAGGUGAGCGUAAUGACGGUAACCAGGUGAGCGUAAUGAUGAGGAACAGUUGAGCGUAAUGACGGUAACCAGGUGAGCGUAAUGAUGGUAACCAGGUGAGCGUAAUGAUGGUAACCAGGUGAGCGUAAUGAUGGUAACCAGGUGAGCGUAAUGAUGAGGAACAGGUGAGCGUAAUGAUGGUAACCAGGUGAGCGUAAUGAUGAGGACCAGGUGAGCGUAAUGAUGGUAACCAGGUGAGCUUAAUGAUGAGGACCAGGUGAGCGUAAUGAUGGUAACCAGGUGAGCGUAAUGAUGGUAACCAGGUGAGCGUAAUGAUGGUAACCAGGUGAGCGUAAUGAUGGUAACCAGGUGAGCGUAAUGAUGGUAACCAGGUGAGCGUAAUGAUGGUAACCAGGUGAGCGUAAUGAUGGUAACCAGGACCGGUGGUUAGUAAACAGGGGAGCGUAAUGAUGGUAACCAGGUGAGCGUAAUGAUGGUAACCAGGUGAGCGUAAUGAUGGUAACCAGGUGAGCGUAAUGAUGGUAACCAGGACCGGUGGUUAGUAAACAGGUGAGCGUAAUGAUGGUAACCAGGACCGGUGGUUAGUAAACAGGUGAGCGUAAUGAUGGUAACCAGGACCGGUGGUUAGUAACCAGGUGAGCGUAAUGAUGGUAACCAGGUGAGCGUAAUGAUGGUAACCAGGACCGGUGGUUAGUAAACAGGUGAGCGUAAUGAUGGUAACCAGGUGAGCGUAAUGAUGGUAACCAGGUGAGCGUAAUGAUGGUAACCAGGACCGGUGGUUAGUAAACAGGUGAGCGUAAUGAUGGUAACCAGGUGAGCGUAAUGAUGGUAACCAGGACCGGUGGUUAGUAAACAGGUGAGCGUAAUGAUGGUAACCAGGUGAGCGUAAUGAUGGUAACCAGGGGAGCGUAAUGAUGGUAACCAGGUGAGCGUAAUGAUGGUAACCAGGUGAGCGUAAUGAUGGUAACCAGGUGAGCGUAACGAUGGUAACCAGGACCGGUGGUUAGUAACCAGGUGUCGUCAAACGCCGGAGGGGAAGAGUGGUGGGAGUAGUUCUUUCUUUCUGUGGUCCUUUCUGUGGUCCUUUCUGUGGUCCUUUCUGUGGUCCUUUCUGUGGUCCUUUCUGUGGUCCUUUCUGUGUGGUGUAAUAGUUGAAAUAUGAAGCCUAAAUAUAUCUGUAGCCCUUCUCUCUCCUAUCAUUCACUUCCAUCCUUCCCACCCCUGAGUGACUACCACACACACAUUCCUCACAUUUACCUCUCUCUCUCUCCCCUCUUUCUGCCUCUCCUCUCUUCCCUCUUCCUGCCUCUCCUCCCUCUGUCUCUCUCUCUCCAUCACUCUCUCCCCCCCUCUCUCUCUGUCAGGCCUAGCCAACUGUUUCUUUCAGGCUGUCUAGCAGGUGUUUUCACUACAGUGAUAGUGUGUCCUGGAGAAAGGGUCAAGUGUUUACUACAGGUGCAGGCAAGCGGGGGGCAGCAGGCAGUACGGUAUGCAGGUCCUCUGGACUGUGCUCUCAAGUUGUAUAAAGCACAAGGCAUCCGCUCCAUCUACAAAGGAACAACACUCACACUCAUCAGAGACGUGCCUUCUAAUGGUGCCUACUUCAUGGCUUAUGACUUCCUGAAACACAAAAUGACAGCUGAGGGUGAAAGUGUGUCCCAGCUCAGCACUCCAAAGAUCCUCCUUUGUGGUGGCAUAGCGGGCAUCUGUAACUGGAUUGUGGGACUUCCACCCGACGUACUCAAGACCAACUUCCAGACAGCUCCAGACGGGCGGUACAGGGGAACAGGUCUGGUAGAUGUACUGCGGGAGCUGCUUCGUGACGAGGGGCCCAGAGCACUCUAUAAAGGAUCCAACGCCGUGUUCCUCAGAGCCUUCCCUGCCAACGCGGCCUGUUUUCUAGGGUAUGAAUUGGCGUUAGAGUGUCUAAAUUGGCUGGCUCCCACCUGGUGAAGUCUCCUGCUAUGACCUGUCAUUAAGAGGUUGUAACCUGAAUUGACCUGUCGCUGUCUUCAGACUGGACUCUUCUCUUGACCUCAGUUUCAUGCUUCCCAAAUGGCACACUAUUCCCUAUAUAGUGCUCUACUUUUGCCUAGGGCCUGUUGGUAAUAGGGCUCUGGUCAGUUUGCACUAUAUAGGGAAUAGGGUGAUGGUUUUUGUUGUUGUAUUUAACCUUUAUUUAACUAGUCAUGGUUUUUCAUGACAACAACAAUGUGAAUUCUUGUCCUCCUUGUUGUUAAUGUGGUUCUAAAAAAUAUAUUCACUGAUGUUUCAGUUUGACAUCUUGUCCUGUUUCAGUUUGUCAUCUUGUCCUGUUUCAGUUUGUCAUCUUGUCCUGUUUCAGUUUGACAUCUUGUCCUGUUUCAGUUUGUCAUCUUGUCCUGUUUCAGUUUGACAUCUUGUCCUGUUUCAGUUUGACAUCUUGUCCUGUUUCGGUUUGACAUCUUGUCCUGUUUCAGUUUGACAUCUUGUCCUGUUUCAGUUUGACAUCUUGUCCUGUUUCAGUUUGUCAUCUUGUCCUGUUUCAGUUUGACAUCUUGUCCUGUUUCAGUUUGACAUCUUGUCCUGUUUCAGUUUGACAUCUUGUCCUGUUUCAGUUUGACAUCUUGUCCUGUUUCAGUUUGACAUCUUGUCCUGUUUCAGUUUGACAUCUUGUCCUGUGAUUCACGUCUUGUUGAAGAGAAGUUUAAACGCACAGUGAAAUAAUGACAAUCAUGAUAUUUAUUUAAGGGGAUGAUUUUGACAUAUUUCUGUGAACCUAAGGUUGUGUCUAAAAGGCACCUGAUAAUUGUGCACUAUAUUUAUAUUCAUUAUUCAUUGUUAAUAGUAACAAUAAAGACGUGUUUGAAUGUUGAAGAUUUAAAAUAAAAUAAAAAUGCCUUCAUUUGUCUAUUGACCAAUUUAGGGGUUUUGAUGUACAUUUUAAAUGUGAUAUAAUGUGAUAUAAUUUGAUUAAUUUUGACAAUUAAUCAAAUCCAUUUAUGAGCAAUCCAGAUUUAUCUCAGAACAGGUUUUAUACAUUUGUUUGAAUAAAGUGUAAUUUGCCAAAUA